UUAAGAAUAUGUAACGUUAUAAUUUGAAACGAUAAGUAAAAUAGCGAGAUAAAAAGUCGACAAGGAGAAGCACGACAAAACAGAGAAGUAACCUCUAGCGGAUAAUUCGAGAAGUAAGCUUAAAUCGACGUGAUGGAGUCGUGCUCUGUGUCUGCGUUAUAACAUGAACAAAACGAAAUGGCACGUGUGCGUUUAUGAAAUGUCCGGUUCGUGCAUCAUUUGUGUAGAAUUACCCGGUUUAUUUUCUUCUGCCCUGAAAUCUAAAAUGGAAAAUGUACGUUGCGUAACAUUGACUUCGAGAUAUAUUAUUAUUAUUGGUUAAUGGGAGUAUAAAGAUGAGUGUAUUGCCUCUGCCUUCCGAAGUUGUUUGCAAAAUCCGUUCGGGAAUAGCAAUUACGAGCUUCGGCCAGUGCUUGAACGAAUUGGUGUUGAAUGCCAUCGAUGCUUUUGCUACGAAUGUUUGCGUUCGUCUAGAUUUAUCUUCUCACAGGAUAUCAGUCAAAGAUAAUGGAAAGGGCAUUCCUUCUGAUCAGCUGCAAUUCAUAGGAGAAAGGUAUUUUACCAGCAAAUGCCAUAAUUUAAAAGAUCUCAACAACUUGAAAUAUUUUGGAUAUAGAGGUGAAGCUUUGGCAAGUCUAAGAGAGGUAUCUGGAAUAAUUGAAAUAGUUUCAAAAUGUUCCAAUUGUUCUGAUACUUUCAGUAAAUUGUUUGUUAAAGGAAAGACUGAAGGUGUGACAAAAUGUUCGACUAAAAUAUCAGAAAGUGGAACUAUUGUUUCCGUCAUUAAUUUAAUGUAUAAUAUGCCCGUAAGACAAAAUAUGAUAUCGAACAUUUUAGACUUAGAGCAUUGCCGGAAUCAACUUGCAAACAUAGCCUUAAUUCAUUCUAAUAUAUCAUUUGUUCUUAUAAAUGAAAUAACAGAAGAAAUUGUUUUACAAACACACAAAAGUAACUCUAUUUUGACUAACUUUAUUACUUUGUACGGACAAAAGAAAGCAAAAAAUUUGAAGAAAGUUGAAUGUGUUUUAUCUCCAUACGAAAUAAAAGGCUACAUUAGUUUAGAUUCUCACCACUCAAAAGAUUAUCAAUUUAUAUAUGUAAAUAAUCGCCAUGUUUUAAAAACAAAACUUCACAAAAUUACUAAUUUAUUACUAAAAAAAUAUCUUUUGAUUAAACACAGAGGAAGUAAGGACAUUUCUUCCUCUACCCCAAAUUCAAAUAGUCCUUCGAAGAAUUCCAAUCAACAUGCAAUAUUUAUUUUAAAUAUAAAAUGUCCAUUCAAUAAAUAUGAUUUGUGUUUAGAACCGCAGAAAUCUCUGAUCGAAUUUAAAGAAUGGAGACAAGUUUUAAAAUGCCUUCAAGAAGCGGUUUAUGCAUUUUUGAUAGAUAAUGAAAUAACCGAUAAAUCAAUCAGUUGUAAUCAAUUGUUUAGUCCAAUUAACGAAAAAGAACUUUGUGAUAAGGAUAUUGAUAUCCACAACACUAAAAAUGCAUUGUUUUCUUUAGCAGCUAAAAGACCUUUAUUUAGUGAAUCAGUAGAAGAAAAUAAUAAUAAUUCAGUUGGAAAUAAAUCUGAAAAUAAUAUAAGAGAUUCUAAAAAUAAUAAAUUGGAAGAAAAUUCAAAAAUUCAUUCAAUAAAUCAGUUUCAAAUUUCUUCAUUUGAAAAUUCUAAGAAGAAAAAGAGAAUUUGUAUUGAUCCUUCAAAUAGUGAAGCCAUAAGACAUACUUUGGCAGAUUUUAAAAAGAAGAAUAAUUGUAAGAAAUCAAGUUCUAUUGAGGAUAAAUUGUGUAAUAGUAAUAACUCAAUUAUGUUAUCACUAAAAAAGAAAUCGGAUGAAAAAAGCACUUUUCAUUUAUUAAAAUAUAAUAAUGAUGAUGAUGAUAAAUUAAUAAAACUCAAAAAGUUAUCUGAAAAUAUUAAGAAAAACAAUUUGAACACCAAAGAAAGUGCAAAACGGAAUACGAAUGUCAAAACAUUAAAAGUUGAUUGCGUAGGAGAUUUUUCAGAUUCUAAUGAUAAAUUAAAGCAUUUGAAAGAAGAUGAGAAGAGGAAUAAAACAGUAGUACCAGAUAAUGUGAAAAAAACUUGUGUUGAUUUCGGUGAGAAUAUAUUAAAUAUUAACUUGACUAAUUGUAUCAAAAAUGCUAAUAAUGUAACUAAGAUAUGCUUUAAUGAUAUAAAAUUAACACCACAAACAAAAUCUAUAUCAGGAAAGAAAUUGUUAUCGAAAACUUUGAAUUAUCAAAAAUUAAAUUCUUAUAAGAACAAGCAAAAUCAAAUUGAUAAGAAUUUUCCCCAUGAAGUGACAACUAUUGUAUCUUCAACAAAUGAUUCAAAUAAAAUUCGUUGUGAUAAACACAAUGACGAUAUUGGUUUAAGUAUUACAGAUGAAAGUUGUACUGAUUUAAAUUGUGAAAAUGUAGAAGAGUCUUUACAGAAAAAUUGGCUGUGUCAUAAAGAUUUAAAUUUGGAUAAAUAUGUUUAUAUCAAUAAAAACAAUGGAAAUUCAGCGUAUUUUAAUCCCGAAAGAAGAGAUGAAAGUCAAAUUGAAAAAACAGGCAAGUUAAAAUAUAUUAAAUUUUAUAAAUAUUCAUUGUAAUAUUGUAUAUUGAGA